UCCUGGCAAGGAUUUGCAUAAUCUCACCAUUUUGGGGGCCAGACAAUCUCCUUUUUCAGAAGAUACUGCGGGUAGGGGCACUUUAAGUGCUAAUGAGCUGGCCAGAAAUUCUCACUUAAAUUAGUGGUCUGCACCCUCCAUGCGAUAAUAGCAUUGUGUGCAGAAGUUUGAUAUGAAGUACAAAAUUCGACUAAAGAGGGCGUGCUCUCUAUUUCGGUGUGCUGAGUUUAGACGGGUGCUCUUCUGGUGAAAAAGUUUCCUGCUAGUUGUGUUUUACAUUCGAGGGCAAAUGUGUCUGGGAGCGAGACUUGCCAGGAAUGAGCGCGAUCUGAAGCAAAACCCAAAGCGCCCUCUACUGACAAGAUUCACAUAAGCAGAAGAGCACAAAAAGGGAAAGAGACUCGGGAAAUUGAACAGGGAGCCAGAACUGGCGGCCAAGCUCGUUGGCCUCGGCGCUCUGGGAGCAUGGAAGGUGUGUUCUGCCUGGAGACCGAUUUUGAGCCGGGAGCUUUUGAUCAGUACCUGUACAAGGGGCAAACACCAGCAGUCAGCUUUGUAAACGGAUUUAACUUUGGCAAUUCAUCCGGUGUCCACCAUAACAAUAAUUUUGUGGCCGGCACCACUAUGUCCUCUCAGACAUUUCACACUCCGAGUUUUGGAGACGACGAGUUUGACAUUCCACCCAUAUCGCAAGGGAUCGGGGAGAGCAACAUCACUACGAUGACGGACCACGCAUUCACAGCCCAGCCUGUCUCGGAGCCAGUGGGUAGCCAGGCCCUUCCUCCAUACCACACGGACUCCAUGCACGACCGCAGGGUCAUGUCCAGCCCCUCUUCCCUAAACAAUCAGACUCCGCCCCCGCUGCCGCCGCAGCAGCAGCACCAGCAGCAGAUGCUGACCUCGCCCGUCAAUCAUGCCAAUCCGCCGAUGUCGUGCUCCCCGUCGAUGUCACAGUCGCUGUCGCAGGCAAUGACCUUGCCUUCUCCGACCCAUGGCCACACCAUGACCGACCCUGCCAACCACUUCCCCAGUGCCAUCUCCAACGCGGCCUUCACAGAACCGCUGAGUCACAUGACGGAGUCGCUGCCUAACCCGGCCACCACCUCCAUGCCAGUCAAUCCGCAGUUCCCGCCCCACAACCUGGACAUUCCCCCAAUCACGGAAUCCACCGGCAGCCUCGGUACCAUGAGCGACAUGCUGCAGCCGUCCCACUCCACGUCGUUCAGCCACGCAGGGCCAACGACCACCCAGAUCUACAGCCCUUCCUACCACAUGCCCCACGUCUCACACGGCAUGGAUAUGUUCCCCAUGGACUCACAUUCCGGCCAACACUUGGGCCCGCUCUCCACCAUCAACCAGUCGGCGAUCAGCUCUCAGCUCGGGAUGCACGGCGGACUCCAGCCGGGGCAGGGCAUGAUGGGAAGUCAUCCGACAUUAGGAAAAAAUCUCGGUCCGGGGAACACAAGGUCCCCACACCAAGAGAGUAGCGAGGACAGUGACGAUAACACGCCACUCGCGCAGUUUGCGGCAAAAAGGCCAGAAAGCAAGGAGACCAAGAAAAAGCCGCCAAAGAGAAAACGCAAGAAGGACCCCAAUGAGCCCCAGAAGCCCGUCUCUGCCUACGCCUUGUUCUUCAGGGACACGCAGGCGGCCAUCAAGGGUCAGAACCCCAACGCCAGCUUCGGAGAGGUCUCCAAGAUUGUGGCGUCAAUGUGGGACAGUCUCGGAACCGAACAAAAGCAGGCAUACAAACAACGGACAGAAACGGCUAAGAAAGAGUAUCUUAAAAAGUUGGCAGCCUACAGAGCAAGUUUAGUAUCAAAGGCCGCCGUCGACACGACGCAGAGCGAAGAGCAGUCGCCCAGCAAACAGAAGAAGACCUCGGCGGCGCCGGUCAGCACCGCAGCGCCCCCUACCCAGGCCGGGCACGCGCACAUUGCCCCUCGAGUCAUAGCGCCCAAGCCCGUGGUGACCGGCGUGCCCAUCACGGUCACCAUGACAACUGCGGGGAAGCCCAUGAUGCAGCCCGGCCUAAACCCAAUGCAGGCGGCCCAGCGGGUGGUCAAGGCGCACCCCAUGAUGGGCAUCGACGGGAUGCCGCCCCACAGUCACCAGAUCUGCACCCGAAACGGUUGCAACAAGCCCAGCAUCGAGAGUCCCGACUGGGACAACGAGUACUGCAGCAAUGAGUGUGUUGUGGAUCACUGCAGACUACCGAAAUAUAGGCACGAGUGGACACCCUACGCCUUGACCGGGCCACGAUACACAGAUGGGAGGGUCUACCCCCAUCCUGCCUGGGUCAGAGGUCAGGCUGACCCUUGACACAACCCCACAUAGAGGUGGUUUGACCCUCAAUCAAAUCUUGAGAUGUGUUCACAGCUUGGGUGGCUUCAAACGGUCCAAACGGAGGCAUGCUGCCGUCCGUCAAAUGAGACCACCAAGACCAGCGAGCGCUGUAGACCCGUGUGAAGUGUCUCCCACGAUGCACCUUAGCAACCCCUCUUUUAAUUUUUUUGUCUCUGCGAUCAACCAACCCGGCCUGGUUUUCCGGGGCAGCUCGAACCAAGCAGCAGCAACAUGGACACUUACCGAUGAUUUCCCAAAACACUGUAAUAUUUCUGACGGGCCUGUGUGAGUGUUUGUCACUGUGCUGCAAGUCAGGUGACUUGUUUUCUUCCUUUCGACCAAUCAGAUGUUAGUUUUCAGAAUUGUUGAGCUAGGACACUUGAAAGAGCCGUUCAACCUGUUAUUCCCCUGUUCAAUUGGCCGAGCCCCGUUCCGAUGCUUUUGUAAAAUGAACUCCCAACCCUCCCCCCAUUAAAAACCCCAAAAAUAAUAAUAAUAACCAAACGGUAACAAAAAUUUGGAGUGGUAACAAGGAUCGCGUAUGUAAGUUCUCUUUCUCAGUUCUGAUGGCCCAUCUUCAUCGCAUCAUUUAUGCUGGAAAUCUGAUUGAAUAAGAGGUAUCGCAGCCGAGGUGAAUGGAAAAAAAAAAAAUGAACAGGUCCCACAGGAAAAUUUCAACUGUUGCUGGGAAAUCAUCAAAAAGAUGUUAGUUAACAGGAAUUUGAGACAAUUCUUGAAUGACUUUGUAAAUGACUAGCAAUAAUCGAGUAGUUAUCUUUGCUAGAAAUUGUUUGAAAUUUUUUUUCUGGAGUCAGUGGCUCAUGUAUUGUUCAUUGGUAAAUUAUUUAUUUAUGGUUGCAAGCAAUCAUGGGUAUAUUUUAUCAUACUAUUUAAUUUACAGAGUACAUUGUUGUCAUUUUGGAAUUGUAGAAUGUUGUAUUUAAUUUUAGGUGGAUGCCAUUUCGUACGAAGGGCUCCCUCUAGUGAGGUAGUCUCGCAGAGUUGCGUUCCAACUUCUAUAACGGAGUGACAGAAAAAUCGAUGCACAUUUUCAGCUUGAACGCUGGGAAAACUGCCAGUUUUGGCAAAGACCGAUAUCUUAUCGUAGCUUUAACCCUUUCAGAGCCAUGCAAUAUGACCUUGACCCCCAAAGGCCCGUAUUCAUGGAACCGUCAAGUGGUUGGCUGCAUCCGAAUCGUUGUCUGGAUCUAGGCCUCGGUCUUCACUGCACUGGAAAUAUGUGGAGACACGCAGACAGUAGACCUAGCCGUAGCUCCGGAAGCUCGUUUCAGACAUGGCUGUUACUUGCUAAAGCUUGCUAAAGCAAAACAAAUCCGAAGAGAGUCAGUCUUAUUAUGUACAGCUUUGGCUGGUAAUCCAUUUUUGUCGGACAACAGUUUCUCCUGCACCCCCCCCCUGCAUGCUUGAAGAGUCGGAUCUGAAUGUUGAUGAAACAAUCCUUACAUCCUGCAUUCAGAGUGUGUGAAAACGUACGUACAGCCAAGGUACCAGACACAUGCCACUUUGUAUUUGUGACAUCUUUCUGUGGAAACUUUCAAUCUUUACUGUCAAAGAAAAAAAUAUGUGUCUCUUUCCAAACUCGGCAAACAGUGUCAUUCAGUUUAUACGCGAAGAUUUGCGAGAGGUCAUUUGUGAAUGUGUGAGAAAUUUCAAAGAAGCGCACAUGUGUCCAAAGGUUAAAGAUCUAUGAGAGUGGCCUAUGUCUAUGUUAAGUUUUCUCUCACAGAGUUUAUUGAAAAGGUUUGAAAUUUCUCUCGACGGCUUGUAAUUCAAAAGGCUGUCCUAUGUAUUAAAGAACAAGGCAACGAAUCUCUUUGUUCUUUGUCACGUUUUCAGUGGAAUCUUGUACAAGCAUUCUGUCAGCAACCCAUGUUUUGUUUCUCACAUAAAUGGCCAGUGCGUACUGGGUGCGGAAGCGAAUACGAAUGUGAUUUUGUGAUAUCAGAUCAAAAGUUUUUGCUGUGAAUUUGUACAAGUUGAACUUAUUUCAACUCAAGUGAAAUGUUUGCAACAUCACCUUGGCUUCGUUUUUGCAGUUGCUUGAAGUAUAAAACCAGCUUUAACGGAUGUGUGUAGGUUAAAUACGCAGCAACAUCACAGGUGCGCUUCAGUGGUACUGUAUUGUUUUGUACAUGAAGCCCUCAUUUGGUGGAAAUGGAAGAGUGGCAGACAAAUUGUGAUGACGUUGUUUAUUAAUUCGGAAAAUGCAAGCUGUUCUUUUUUCCUCUCUUUCUCUUCUCAGAUGCUUAAGAUCCAGUGGAUGUAAUUCUGUGAAUAGGUAUCCGCUAAUCAGGUUGUCAAAAAUACUCAUUUAUUCCACCUUUGCAAGAAAAUGGUUCCUACUGCAGUCCACCGAGGGCGCUGUGGCAUUUUCAUGGUACACAGCCAAGGGAAAUUAAACUACACAAGCAUCACACUUUGUUUUGAAAUUUUGAAAGUUUAGUGAUAAAUACCCCAUGAACAUGAGAAAUUGGCAUACAUGCACAUGAGUGAAAAGUGGAGGUCUGUGCUCUUCUUGAGAGUUACAGCAACUUUACAUUCUGUGAUCAGGUUUAGAAAAAAAGCAGAGGGAGUUUUUCACGGAUGACCGCAGUCUGUGCCAGACUGGUGCUGUUUUGUCGUCACCAACACCAUAGUUUUCUGCAGCAAGCUCUCGUGGAACACCAACACUGUGUCCGUAUAAAGCAUUUGGGUCUAUGGCUAAGCAGAAGAGAUUCUGUCAUUUCUAAAAAAAAAAAAAACCUGUCUUUCCAGAACAAAGUCCUUUAAAAUUACAAAAUUAUUUCAAAGAACAAAAAAUUGGAGACAUUUGAAAUAUGUCCGCUGCAUCAGUGGAAUCGUAGCAUUUUUAUUUUUCAAUUUCUUCAGAUGUGCUUAAUAUAGACUUUUUUAAAUUGAACAUGACUUUUUAAAAAUCCUGUUCUGCUUAUACAUAUUGCUUAAAUCAUAAGUUUUGGGCCUGUAAUUAUUGUACAUAAACUAAUUUCUUUUUGUAUUGAUGGAUAAAAACCUGCCCUCUCCAGAAACCAACUUCUCCUUGAAAACAAAAUUCUCAAAUUGAUGUUCAUUAUUGUAUUUUUUUGUAGCAAGUUCAAAUCUGAAAACAAAAAGAAUACUGAAAAAAAACCUUGUGUUGUUCUGUUGUCUCCGACAUUAAAGUUGCUCAUUGCUGGGUGACAGUUGCCAAGGCAACUAAGUGUACAGACCAGGAUGAAAGUGAAUAUUUUAUGUAUUUUCUAUUGAAUUUCCAAAGUUAAAUUAUUGAAGUGCACUUUGUCUGUUACCACAAUAUUUAAACAAAAAGUAAUAAAACAUUUCCGUAUACAGUACCAUGCAAAGCAGG